UAAAUUGGUUUGCUAACCACCGUUAAAACAAAAAAGAAGAAGAAGCAGCAGCAGAACUCGGAAAAAUGGUGGUCUGACUCUCAGCCACCUUCCCUUUGCAAAUAGAGCUAGGGAGCUAGGGAGCUGAUUGAGACACACCCUUUGCCAUACUCCAGUUCAGUAGGCGGCAUCCCGAAGAAGUUCUUCCAAAGCGACGGCGUGUUCGAAAAAAAAUCAUGACAUGGUUGGAUUUACAGUGUGGUCCGAUGGCAUUGGGUAUCCUAGCAGGUGUGGGCUGUGGGCUCUGCAUUGGCUGGCAUCUACGAGGGCGACUCAGAAAUUCCCCAGUCCGGGGAAUUAUGGCAACCUGUGGUGAGGAAGAAAAUGUCGCUCAAACUAGAGUUAUGGGAGAGAGUGGUGAAUUCAAGAUGAUUCUAAUCGUUCGCACUGACUUGAAAAUGGGCAAAGGCAAAGUGGCGGCGCAGUGUUCUCACGCAGCAGUGUCCGCCUACAAGCAGGUGCAGUGUAGAAACCCAGAGCUUUUGAAACAGUGGGAAUACUAUGGGCAACCCAAAGUGGUUGUGAAGGUGCCAGAUGAGAACUCUCUGCUGGAACUUUUGUGCCAUGCUAAGGAGGUUGGCCUGCCAGUCAGUCUUAUUCAGGAUGCUGGAAGAACACAAAUCGCUCCUGGUUCAAGAACUGUUCUUGGUGUUGGACCCGGGCCUGCAGAUCUUGUGGACAGAGUAACAGGUCACUUAAGGCUGUACUAGAAUUAACUGAAGUAUAGAUUGUAUCUUCUGGUAUAUACAAUCAUUAUGAUGUAAUGCUAUUUAGGUUCUCAGUUGGUGUCACUUUUAAAAUUGACUCAUUUGUGUAUUAAAAUAUUAGUCACACAUUUA